AUGGUGCACAUGAGAAGCAUGGAGGGAGAUAGAAGAUACACUUACACUGCAAUGGCGCGUGUGGGAAAUGAGAAUAUAUCCCUUGCUUGUAGGAGGAGGUGGAGUGGGUCCGAAAUGGUGUUUGUGUUGUGUGUGUGUGGGGCUUGCAACGUAGAGUGCUCUUUCGUGUCCCAAAUCUCCAUCAACGGUUCUCCUUCCGCCACGUCACCACCUCAUCCACAUCCCACCGUCCCUUCUGUCAGUGAAGAUUUAGUCAAGUUGAGAUAA